AUGAGCGGGGCCGGUGUGGGCGUAGCCUCCACCGGUGCGGGCCCCGACCACCGUCGUGCGACCACCACUCUGAUUGCCACGCCUCCGCAGUGCGUCGGACAAAGCUUCUGGGACAAUUGGGGUGCCACGGCAGAUCUCUAUAAGGAGAUAUCUUGUAUCAGAUCCUGGAGCAUGGGGGGUAGUCACGGCAAGAUGUUCUGCAUGAUGACGAACGGAGUCAUUUCGUGUAAGUUGAGGAGCCUUUCAGACUGA